AUGUCGAAGAAACGCAAAUGGGAUGAUGACUAUGUUCGUUACUGGUUCACCUGUACAACGGAGGUUGAUGGAACUCAGCGCCCACAAUGUGUAUUGUGUAACUCGGUAUUUUCAAAUGCUGACCUCAGACCAUCAAAACUGUCUGACCAUUUCAACAGACAGCAUGGUGGGGUCGGUGGGCACGACCUCAAUAGCCUGAAGCGUAUGCCCACACCAUCUGACCAGAACCAAGCCGUGAAAGCACCUGGAGUUGCAUCUUCAGAGGAUACCUUACUACAAGCAUCCUAUCAGUUUGCGUAUUUAUGUGCCAAAGAGAAGAAUCCUCACACAAUAGCUGAAAAAUUAGUGAAACCUUGUGCAUUGGAAAUAGCGCAUAUAGUUUUGGGGCCAGAUGCACAAAAGAAGCUUCAGCAGGUCCCUUUAUCAGAUGAUGUGAUCCAUUCAAGAAUUGAUGAAAUGAGCAAGGAUAUCUUACAGCAAGUUCUAGAAGAUAUCAAAGCCAGUCCUCUUCAAGUGGGUAUUCAGCUUGCUGAGACCACGGACAUGGAUGACUGCAGUCAGCUAAUGGCAUUUGUGCGAUACAUAAAAGAAAGAGAGAUCGUAGAAGAAUUCCUGUUCUGUGAACCAUUGCAGUUAACAAUGAAAGGAAGGGAUGUGUUUGAUCUCUUCAGAGACUUCUUUAUAAAGCAUAAGAUAGCACUCGAUGCAUGUGGCUCUGUUUGUACUGAUGGUGCGUCAUCUAUGUUAGGAGAAAAUUCAGAAUUUGUUGCUUGCGUGAAAAAAGAAGUACCUCAUAUUGUGAUCACACAUUGCCUGUUGAACCCUCACGAACUUGUCACAAAGACAUUGCCUGCAAAGCUGAGGGAUGCUCUGUUUACUGUUGUAAGGGUAAUAAAUUUCAUCAAAGGGCGAGCUCCGAAUCAUCGCCUGUUUCAGGCUUUUUUUGAAGAGAUUGGAAUUGAGUAUAACGUCCUCCUUUUCCACACGGAAAUGAGGUGGCUUUCCCGAGGCCAAAUACUUACUCAUAUUUUUGAGAUGUAUGAAGAAAUAAAUCAGUUUCUUCACCACCAAAGCUGUAAUUUAGUUAAUGGCUUUGAAAAUAAAGAGUUUAAAAUUCACCUAGCCUACCUUGCAGAUUUAUUCAAACACCUAAAUGAACUUGGCGCAUCAAUGCAAAGGACUGGGAUGAAUACAGUAUCAGCUAGAGAGAAGUUAUCUGCUUUUGUUAGGAAGUUUCCAUUCUGGCUGAAGCGAAUUGAAAAAAGAAAUUUUACUAACUUUCCUUUUCUUGAAGAAAUAAUCGUUUCAGAGGAUGAAGCAGGAAACAUUGCAGCUGAAAUAACACUGCAUCUGCAGCUGCUGAACAGCUCCUUCCAUGGAUAUUUUUCUGUGGGAGAUCUUGAUGAACUCUUUGAAGAUUGUUCCCUCUAG